AUUUACUAAUGGAGGCCAAGAAAAACACCAUUAGUAUACUUAUGUUACCAUGGCUAGCCCAUGGUCACAUAAGUCCAUUUUUAGAACUAGCCAAAAAACUCACAAAUAGAAAUUUCCAUAUUUACUUAUGUUCCACUCCAAUAAACCUAAGUUCCAUCAAGAAAAAUGUCACAAAAAAAUAUUGUGAAUCAAUAGAAUUAGUUGAGCUUCAUCUUCCAUCUUUACCAAAUCUUCCUCCUCAUUACCACACCACCAAUGGUCUCCCUCCCCAUCUCAUGAACACCCUAAAAAAAGCAUUCGAAAACGCCUCUCCAAAUUUUUCCAAAAUAUUACAAACUCUUAAUCCAGACUUAGUCAUUUAUGACUUCAAUCAACCAUGGGCUGCUGAGUUCGCGUCCUCUAUGAACAUUCCUGCCAUACAAUUCCUCACUUUUAGCGCUAUUGUUGCUUUAUUAGCUCUCCACAUCAUGUUUGAUAAGUCGGGAGAAAAAUUUCCAUUUCCUGAAAUAUACCUGCGUGAACAUGAGAUGCUUCAAAUCAAGAAAUCAUUAGAAGAAUCCAAAGAUGAGAAUUAUAAGGACCCAUUCAAUGAUGCUCUUAGACUAUCUCGCGAUAGUUUUUUGGUGAAAACUUCUAGAGAUUUCGAAGGUAAAUAUAUAGAUUAUCUCUCAAAAUUAGUUUCCAAGAAAAUUGUUCCUGUUGGAUCGCUAGUUCAAGAUUCCAUUGAUCAAGAUCAUGAUCAUGAGGAGAUCAUCAUGCAAUGGCUUGACAAGAAAGAAGAAUGUUCAAGUGUGUUUGUGUCAUUUGGGAGUGAGUAUUUUCUAUCAAAGGAAGAAAUGCAUGAAGUAGCACAAGGGUUAGAGCUUAGCAAAGUAAACUUCAUUUGGGUAAUUAGGUUUCCACAAGGUGAAAAAAAUAGUAUUCAAGAUGUAUUACCACAAGGAUUUUUAGAAAGGGUAGGGGAAAGAGGAAUGGUUUUGGAAAAAUGGGCUCCACAAGCCGCAAUUCUACAACACAGGAGUACUGGUGGAUUCGUGAGUCAUUGUGGAUGGAGUUCUGUUAUGGAAAGUAUGAAGUUUGGUGUGCCUAUAAUUGCAAUGCCAAUGCAUAUUGACCAACCAAUGAAUGCUAGGAUUGUGGAAUAUAUUGGUAUGGGAGUUGAAGCAUUGAGGGAUGAGAAUGGGAAGUUACAAAGCGAAGAAAUUGCAAAAGUGAUAAGGGAAGUGGUAAUUGAAGAAAGUGGUGAAGGUGUGAGGAAGAAAACUAAAGAAUUGAGUGAGAAAAUGAAUAUGAAAGGGGAUGAAGAGAUAGAUGGAGUAGUGGAGGAGUUGGUUGCACUUUGUAACAACAAAUGA